ACACGUGACAUGGUAACAAAAACAUAACCUCAAUCAACUUUUUGUGCGAUGGACGAGCUCACCCAGCGUUUAAGUUCCGUCUCGCUGCUCGACAGCCACGAACAUUUCAUGGCACUCUCUCUCCUAGCAGCCCAACGUAGCAAAGACCCUUGCACCCAAGUGGGGGCUUGCGUGGUGGACCGCCGCGGCAACGUGAUCGGCUCGGGCUACAACGGCAUGCCUAGGGGCUGCCACGACGACGUGUUCCCGUGGGGCAAAGCCUCGCAGGACCCUCUAGAGAACAAACAUCUCUACGUGUGUCAUGCCGAGCUCAACGCCAUUGCCAACACCACUGGGACCAUGAACGACUGCGUUAUUUAUGUCACGUUGUUUCCUUGUAACGAGUGCGCCAAGCUUAUUAUCCAACAUGGAAUCACUGAAGUGGUGUAUUUGUCGGAUAAACACGCACAUAAAAAAAGUACGGUUGCGGCUAAGGUGAUGUUUGACAGCGCGGGGGUUAAAUAUUGGAGGUUUAAAUCAAAGAAGAAAAUUGUGAUUGAGUUUGAAGACAUUAAGGAAAGGAAGCGCAGUCAUCGUGGUUUGGAUUGAACAUUGAAAGAAGACAAGGAUAAGUAUGCACAAUUUUAUCAUAUCAAGGUUUAUGAUAAGAAAAUUGUUAAAAUAGUGAUUUCUCAAGCAAAUAAUCAACUCAUUUUUGUAUAAAUUGUAUAGACACAAUCACGUAGGAGGUAACACUUCCUAAAAUAAACCCCAGCAACGUAAAA